CAACUGACACUUCAAAGCCUGGAGCAGCUCUUACUGCUGCACGACUCUGCCUUGAAUUGACAUACGAGACAUCUUAAGCAGUCUUCCUCUGCUUACUGAGCCAAGGGAUUCGUUACGAUGGAUUUCUCAUGAACCUGUGCAGUGUGUGUUCAGCAGAGCCUGCUCUAGCCUAAGAAUUGACUAAGUCAAGACAAUCAAGAUGACAAACGAACCUAUUAAAGAGAUCCUGGGCGCUCCAAAGCAUCCUGAUUCUGUAACCACGGAGAAGAGUAAUAACAAUGACUGUGUGAUAACCACCAUCCCUCUUGUCAGUGAAUGCCAGCUGACUGCAGCCACAGGGGGAGCAGAACUCUCCUGUUACCGCUGUACCAUUCCCUUUGGUGUGGUUAUCCUCAUAGCCGGCAUUGUGGUUACUGCUGUGGCAUACAGCUUCAAUUCCCAUGGAUCAAUCAUCUCAGUGUUCGGCUUAGUCCUCUUGUCAUCAGGACUCCUUUUGCUGGCUUCUAGUGCAGUCUGCUGGAAAAUCAGGCAGCAAAACAAGAAAGCAAAGAGGCGGGAGAGCCAGACAGCGCUUGUGGCAAAUCAGCGAACCUUGUUUGGUUAAAGACAACCAAGAGAAGGCCAGACAGAAGACAGAACCUUUACUAAGAGGAAAAAAGUAUUAAACUUUAAAAGUGGAGGAAAAGAGGAAAGAAAGAGGAGAACACACAACAGCAAAUGUUGGACACUACAUAAAGUCAUGGAGGGAUAGUAGAACUUUACACAAGUGCCUUGUUGAAAGACAGAGACUUUUAAAAAUAUGUAAGUCUUGUUUCUGAUACAUCCUUGGCUGUAUCCUCAGUUUCAUUCUUGUAAAAUGCCUGAAGUCCCUAGGUUAACAUCAGUCUUAGAUCUCACCUCAUAUUUCUUCUCCUUUUCCGUUUCCCAGGAACCAGUUAGCUCAGCAAAAGGCAGCAGUUUAAUUUCUUACCAUCUUUGCAAUCUGACUGAAAUGAAAAUGGCCAUUUGGGAUGCGCAGAGGCAGUGCCCCCCAGUUUUGUAAUCUAUAAGGACAUUCAGCCACAGUCUACUCUUGAAGAGGUAGGCACUAUAUAGAGGUAAAUAUUUCUGUACUGCAGCAAGAGAUGUCAGUGAAUAAUCAUCUAGUGAAAAAAAAAACCCAACACCAGAGUGGCCCUUCGCCACCUCUUCUCAGCCACAUUCCCUUUCAAUCUGAAGGCUCGAGUUUGUGAAUAGAGUUAACGGCUUUCCUGGAAAACUGGCCCAUGACAUUAUUUCCUUGUGAACUCCAUCCACCUGUCAUGUUAGGGCUUGGUGCGACGCCAGCACUGGCAGGAAAUAAUAGGCAGCAGGAUGCUGGUGUGUGUCGAUGGCCCUGACCCUCCCAUUCCUGAACAUGAAUAAGCUUCGAGCUCACAAGGCGUCACAGCAGCGCGGCGGCUUCUGGGCCCACAGAAACGCAUGGGUGGGAUGCACAGCCACUAAAAUAACAUCCAGCCAGCCGAGCCGCAGCAACAGAGCUGCAUGGGAAGAGAUGGUGUCACAUUCUCGCUGCCUGCUGCUCUUUGUUCUUUCGCCUGCACUCUCGCUGUGCUGCAGAUAGUACAAUGGCUGCUUAGCGGAGAAAAAAAAGUACAAAGUAUGUCUGUUUGCGAAUUAGCUGAGAUUCCCCAAAGUACACAAAUCUUCAUUGAACAACUUUUACCGCUUCUCGAGGGAAAUGCACUGGAGAGGGAACAUAAGCUAUCAGCUUGAAAUGGUUUGCAGCUAGCUUUUUCCUGAUACUGCACCAUUGUCCCUCGGAAAGGUAGUUCAAUUCAGUAUUCAGCAGGACAAACUCUUGGGAGAUUAGAUGGUGAAUAAGGGGAGCCCAAAUCAUCCCUUAAAUGAGACGGGUUCAGUUUGCGACGUGGUGCAAACUAGAGUGUGUGUUCUCCAAGACUGCCCCAGCAGACCCUUGUCAAUCUAGGUGGUUGGCAACCCCAAAUCCUUCAUAGAAAUUGGGCAGAGUGCAGAGAGGAGGACAGGAAGACUUCUUACUCCCACUUUCCCCUCUGCCAGACCACAUGUGACAAAAUCUGUUUAGGUUCUCAUAUGGCAAGUCUUCUCUGAGGCAUUCAGAGUAUUAAUCUGGAAUAUUAGUCCUCUUGCUCCUCAUCUCAGAGCUGUAGGAGAUAGCUAUUGCUCUCCUGAGGACAUCUCAUUUUAAAACCCAAAGUCACUAGUCCAUUUUUUAAUAUCUUGAGCUGUUCUGUAUUGGUAAAAAAACAACAAAAAAAGAAAACAUCAUAUACACACAUACAUAUGCUUCUUUGACUACAUGUAGGGGCAAAUAGCCUGAGAUAUGUAUACUUCUAAUGCUUGCAGCAUAAAAACGCACUCCCCCAAAGGAAGCUUCUUCCCAGGACUGAUGGCUGAGAGCCAGAAUAAUUGCUGGAAGGGCCGGGCAUGUUGGGGCUGCAGCUGAAAUGAAAGUUUGUUUGCAAGCCAGUGCUCACCACCUCUCCCCUCCCUUUGCAGUCUGAUGGUUAAGAAAUGUCUGAUCCCACAAGCUAGCUCUGGCUUCUGGUGGUGAGAUAUCCGCUCCUCUGAAUCAAGCCAUGAUAAUUUUUUUUCAUCUUCCAUGUAAUGGAAGAGCUGAAAUCCCACUGUACUUCACAUCAUGUAACUGAAGAGCUCCUCAGUUAAGAGUGCUGGUGUCAGAUACACAGUCUGUGUGAAUAGGUUUAGUCCCACUGGAAUCGAUGGGGUAUGUUACGUAUGACUAUCUGUGUUGCCACUCCUGGUUUGUUUUUAGCUAGAUAGAGACAAAGAAAAUGCCAUUCUUUGCCUACCAACUGAUGGUGCUUCAAAGAAUGUCCUCUGCUAUCACACAAGCAAAGGGCUUUUCAGCCAUCACUCUGGCUUGUAAAAUAAAUUUGUAAAGAAACAUCCUGAUCUCUUAGCCAUUUCCCUAUAAAUAGUUUUCAUAAGAAAGUCCAAUGACUGGAUCUGGAACAACACUGAUACAGCUUAAGUUUAAUGAAAUCCAGGCUUGAAGCAAACCAUCCUGUCACCUCUUACCCUUUUUGCCCAAAGGCAAGACUGCUGAAGUGAAUAAUGUCAUUCCUGUGCAAAGACCAGAAAGACAGUCAAGCUAAUGCUAACAUUUCAGCUCUUGCAAGAUGAGUGCUUUAGUGUAAUAGGAACACCACCUUCAUUUGCCUUUUAAAAUUAAAAAAAAACCCCAACAGCCUAGAAAAGAAGCUUUUCUUCACUUGGCAAAAUAUUUCAGUCCAUCCAGAGCAGCUGGGACAUGACUGACAUCGUAGCCCCAGUUGCCACCAGCUCCAAGUAUUGUGAAAGAUGUAAACCAUCAGUGUUGGGCACAGCAUUCAUAUCGCAUUCACUGACUUGCUCAAGUUCUGCCCCACCGUGUGCUGACAUCAGUGGGGCUAAGAUGGCUUUUCUGAGCAGCCACCUCUUCCUCACUGUAGCCCAGGCUGCUUGAUCAUGCCAGGCAGGACUAGAAGGCCUUAUCUCGAGACACAGAAAAGUGCAGUUGGACUGUAAAAUGACCAGAAGGGAAAGCAUCAAGCCUGGAGCUCAGGACAGGACAAAAAAAAAACAUAAUCAGGGAGAAUCUAUAUGCAUAUGUGUGUUUUGCUGAUAGUAAUGUUAAAGCAGAGGUAAGUACUCCAGAGGAGGACUGAAGCACAUUGGCAACCAGCUUGGAAAGGCUUUCAGCAUUGCUGCUCUUGAUGUAACUGUUCGCUGGCUAGGUAAAGGGCUUUGAUUUGCUUUGUAUAAAGCAGAUGGCAGUCAGGAGAUCUGGGCUCCACACAGGGUGUUGCCGGACACCCCGGAGCAUCUGAUGAAUCACAGCGUGUUGUUGCUAAUGCAUUUCUGGCAGUGGCUUUGUGGGACUGGUCGUUAGAUCAUUUCCCAUGGGCAGCCACCUGGGGACUCGAUCAGAUAGUAUCAGCUUUCACUCUGGUCUUUGGUCAAAAUGGUCAAUAAAAACCAUUCCCCUGGUGGUGGUAAAAUCAUUUGUGCUUCUGUUGAAGAAUUACUACUCAAUUGCCUUUGUAAUACAACAAGCUCUUUCCAGUCAGAGCUACAAAAUGUAGAACUGGCACCAGAACUGGCCGUUAUUGAACAACACAACUGCAGAGGAACUGGCAGACAGACAUUCCCCUCCCCAGCAAGUCGUGUUCUACAGCUGCCCUGGAUCUCAGCACUUUUCCAAAACUUUGCUGUGUUUUCACAGGACUCAGAUCUCUUAAUCCAUUAACUUUAGGCAUAUUUUCUGUUAGCUUCACACUGAGAUAGAGAGUGACCAGUGCACAACCGAUGGCUGUGCAUGACAGAGCAGGGUGCUAAGGGGGAACUGGGGACAAGUGGGAUGUUCAUGGCCCCCAUUUCCCAUCGCAUGAGUGAGCAACAGCUGCCUGCCACUGCGGAGCCAACCUUUGUGUACAGGUCCUGCAGUUCUGAUCGUCUCCUGUCUGCAGUGAGGGCUCAGCGCAGAGUCAUGGUGACAUCACUGUGCCAGCCCAGCACCUUGGCCCGAAUCCCCCCAAACCGCAGCGCUGCAGAGAGCUGGGGGCAGAGCUACCUGCGCGAAGCCGCUUGCACAGCACUGGGGUCCUGUUAGAGCCACACAGGGACACAAAUUUUGGAUAUUUUUGAGCGCCAUCUACUGGAGUUUUAUCUGUUUUCCAAUUGUUUGCACACUAAGUGUGCUGCUUAUAUAUUCAUAUGUAUACAAUACUCUGUGUUAAGAGGUAUGAAGGAUUUCAAAUUGAGCAGAAGAAUGAGCACCGCGGUCCUCCCACGGCUGAUAGCCAUCCCUACAGUGUCCCAACAAGCACUUCGCCAUGCUCCCAUGUUUUCAUGGUUCUGAUAUUAUUUAAUUUCCUAGGGUCAAAGAUUUCCAAAGGCUAGAUUUACAGCUGUUCAGAAACUCCCAAGUGAUAGUCUUCCACUGGAAAAUGAUGGUCUAAUUAACUCAAAACAUUUCACAGAAAUGUAACAGUUUUGUUGCUUAUUUAUGUUUACAGGAAGUUGUAAUCAUUGUAUUAAUACAUUUAUUUUUCAACUGCAUUGUUUUUAAAAAAACUAAAAGGAAGAUGACACAAAACAUUUUAAUCUUGCUGAAAUGAAAUAUUAUACACAUAUAUGAAAACUCUAUACCUAAAUCCAUGCACAGAUAAACUCCUGAGACUGAGAUAUGCAUCCUGAUUUGGGAGGGUAACAAAAUGAGAACAAUCCUGGAAUUUCUCAUGGAUUGAAAUUCCAGACUGUGAAGAGCUCCGAUCCCUGAAUUUUUAUUUCCUAUUCUAUGUUGUUUUGAGAGAAAAUAACCAGACUUGGGAAAUUCUGUCUCUCCAUUUCUGUCCGUGCACACACUGCUGAUGCCUUGUUAAACCCUAAUUCUGCCGACGUACUCAGUUCAGCAAAGCAGACUGCUGGCAGUUUCAGUUUCCUGUAGCAGAGGCAAACCUUUUGUACUUUUUCCCUUUGGGCAAUUUUCUUUUUCCCAGUGUUAGAAGUGUGCGAGGUCUUUCCAGCUGGGAAAUGCACGUUGCAGGCAGUGAGGCCAAGUGUACAAAGAGAAAGCAGUCUCGGUACAAGUUACGACACCGACAUCUGGCAUAUAGAUUUGACGUCUCUGUCGCCUCCUUUGCUGGACAAUGCUCUUGUCCCCAGAGUGAAGUCUUUGUUAAAUGCUGGAACUCUGCAAAUGUGACUGGCAUCAGCUCUGCAGACUACUUUGAGAGAGUUCUCAUUUGCACAGAUCUGUCAGUUGAAAAAAGUAAAAUCUUCCCCUCAGGUCUCCCUAGCACCAAGCCCCAAACACCAGGUAUUUGGGAAGCCAGCCCCUGUUACAGAAGGCUGUAGUCUGACAGGACAGCAGGACAGCAGACAUCAAGUUGGGCUGGAGAACAGUUUGGAGUGAAUGAGGCAGAGAAAUGUUUGGGAGACAGGUAGUAGUCACAGCUAGCUCUCCAAAAAACUCUUACAAAAAAUGGCCAGUUUUCAUCAGGGGUUAGAGGGCUGUUCAGACUCAGGCACUGUUACCUCCUGAUGUUCACACACCAUCUGUGGGGGACGACUGCUAUUUCCAUCUCGCUCAGCCAUGCACUGUAGCUGCUUUGGGAUGGGCUAGCUGUGCAGAGGGAUCAUUUUAUCACAAGGACAAGUCUGAGAAGGAGCCAUGUGAAGUCACUGUUCAUGUUCUUUCCAGCUUAAAAGUGGUAGUAGAAGAAGGGUGUUCUGUGGGUGUGAUGGUGCUUGGGUGUUUAUAUUUAAUUUCUAGAUCUGCCCUGGAGUGAGGCCCUUCCAUGUUCGUGGUGUGUAUGGAACACACCACAGAUGGUGCUUUUUGAUCUGCCUUGCUGGUGAGACUGCGAGUUCCCCGGAGCAGGGCUGUCUCUGCCCAUGGAGGUGCGUAGGGCACAGCGCAGCUGCAAGCAGCCGCCUCCGCUGGUCCAAUGCCCGUGCAGCACCAGCAGACCAGCAAGGUGUUCAGGAAGCCAGUUGUUUGAAAGCCCCUGGACAACAAGUAUUACGGGCAGGAGAGAAGAAGAAAUCCUCAUUUCCAGCUGAGAGAGAUGCUGUGUGCCAGUUGUUGGUAGGGGUGAGGUGGGCAGAGCCGUUCUGCAUGCCCUGCGCAUCACAGGCAGAAGGAGCAACAGUAUGAGUUGUAUUAAAUGGUCUGAUUAGAUUUUUUUUUUCCACCAAAAUUUAAAUCCACCUUGAAACAAAGUUUUCCCUUGGGCUAGUGCAGCAGUUCAGCUGAACAUAAAAGAUGCUAUUGAAGCAAUUUUUGGCAUGGAAGAGAUUAAGUACCGUGAAGUCAGAGCUAAAAGCUUGCAGUUCAGCAACAUGCAUAGCAUGAAAUUACAUUCCUGAACAUGUGAAUUAUAUCAUGGUCAGAACUCAUGGCCAUCUGACAACUGCCUUGGGAAGUUUUAUAUUAAAGUCCUGUCAAGCAUUACAAGUGUCCUAAAGUGAUGAUGGAAUGAGUGAUUAGAGAGGGGCCUGUAGCAUAGCUGGCAGCUGCUAAUGAAUGGCCUUGAACUGCAGAGAAACACUCCAGGCUCCUAACGGAGGAAGAACGUAUUCUAAAACAUUAGCUUAUUUUAAAGGAUUUUUAAGUCUGUCUGUAAAUGAUCAUGUACAUCCACAAAGUGGCCUCUUUUUGUGUGACCAAUGAGCAUACCUAGAUGCCAGAAAGGGAGAAAAUAAAAAGCUGUGUUGUUUUUUUGAAUGGAGACCUUGAUAGCAGGUCCAAGAAGAGAACUCGGUUCCUGUUUCCAUCUUCUCUACAUUUACUGUUUCUUGCAGAGAAUGGAAAGAAAAGUCUCUACUUUUUAAUAGGAUCUUUUUUAAUACUGGCAUGUUUCCAUCACCUUAUUUGAUAUAUGAAGCAUAAAUAGGCAACUUUCUCAUGCAUGAGCUGUGUUUAUAUAACGCAGUCUUAUCAUAUGAUGUUGGAACAUUUUGAUAGUGUUUGCCAAAUAUAAGCUUGUGGCUCAAGUUUCUGGAUAUAUUUAAAAAUUUUCCAAGAUGGGUUCAUUAGCUACACUCCCCAUUAGGCACUUGCUCCUAAUUGACUAAAUUAAUUCUGAUUUGAUAUUCUUAAAUUUUUCAGACAUUAUUUGUUUUGUUGUUUGUUUUUAACGUGUUCAAUUAAACAUUAUCCUUGUGCAUAUAAACA